AUGGCUUUCCACACGGUAGGAAACUAUACGUUUCAGUGGACAGACCUUCACCUGUUUCGAGAGAGGAUGGACCCCCUGCGUCAUGAGUACGACACGCUGGGACACAAUGCGGUCAAGAGGCUGCAGCAGAUUGCGCGGGAGAGGAAAGGAAUGGCAUCCGUCAAGCCCACUCUCUGCCCCGGCGGCUUCGACAUGUAUGCCGCUCUCCGCGAUCACCAUGCUGAGGACGAGAUACUGAACCGGCUGUGGAACGAGGUUCAUGCAGUUCCAGACUGGGUAAACUGGGCGCAGAUUGAGCGCGGGCAAAAGUUUUUCUACCGCUAUGCUCCCGCCAACCUGAUGGGAUUCAUGCUGCAAGCAUUCGUGGGCGAGAACUCUUCAGCACCUGGCGUCGUCGAGGUGUUAUUGCGAACAGGAGGGUUCUCAACCAAGGUGCUGCUGCGUCGGCUGCUCGAGACUUUUCAGCACCUUCUUCAGGUGACGGCUAGCCUUGAGUCGAUACAGCCGGGAGGCCUAGGCCACACAACGACGAUUCGAGUGCGGUUGCUUCAUGCUGCUGUGAGAGAGCGAAUCCUGCGUCUGGUCGAGACUCGCCCUGGCUACUUUGACGUGGCCAAGUUCGGAGUGCCUGUGAAUGUUCUCGACUCGAUCCAUUCCAUCUGUGUGUAUUCUUGCGGUCACAUGUGGCUUCAACUACCGCAGAUGGGUGUGUUUCCCACCGAGCAGGAAAAGGCCGACUACAUCGCGCUGUUCCGCUAUGUCGGGUAUCUGCUGGCCACUCCUCACGAGUAUUUCUCGAGCGUGGCCCAGGCCAAAGCCACGAUGGAGAGCAUGCUGCUGCACGAGCUGGAAGUCACAGAAUCGUCGCUUGUUGUCGGCCACAAUCUGAUCGAGUGCCUCAAGGAUCUGGCGCCGUUCCGCGUCUCUGUAGACUUCAUCGAGGCUGGUAGUCGGAUCCUCAACGGCGAUGAGGUUUGUGAUUCGCUAGGGUUUGGAAAGCCUGGAUUGCUGGCGUACGCCUGCUGGAGAGGCCACUGCUGGUUCGUUCAGAGUCUGGCCUUUGUGCAGAGAUGGGUUCCAGGUGCGGAUGAUGCAGUGGUGCGAUACUUUAGGAGCACACUGUACGAGACGCUCGUCAACAGCAACCGAGGACUCGGAGGAGGAUCGAAGAUGGACUUCAAGUUCGUCCCACAGAUGGGCAAGAAGACUGAUAAGGAGGGGAGCGGACGGGCGAGAUUCGCCGGUUCGUUUGUUGAUCGACCGCUGGAGAUGUUUUAUCUGGUGGUAUUUGGACUGGGAUGCGUGCUUUGGUUGGGUAUUGCAGCUGCAGUAUUGCGGAUGCAUCUGUCGAUGCUAUCGUGA